AUGAGUGCCGGUUUUAAAUUAAUAUAUUGGGAAUUUCCGUUCCUUUUCUUCUUUUCCUUUCUAGACAUUCCAUUUAGGUACAUAUACUACAUCAAGCAGCAAGUCUGCGAUGAAUGGGAGGAUCUGGCCGGAUUUCUUGGCUUUGACCCCCCAGCAAUCAAAAACAUCAAGGCCAGAAACCCCGAUGACACGUCUCGAUGCAGGGACCUGCUGGGGGAGUGGCAACGGCGGAAGGGAGACGCGGCGACUAUGAGAGUGGUGAUGGAGGCUCUAUCUGAUAUGGGCCUGGAUGGGGUUCUGGACGGACUCAAGCAAAAAUACCCUGAGUUGAAAAAGGAGCCGAUGCCACAAUCCGGACCCAUAAAGAAGACUAUGAGGGAAGCUGCAGGGCCAGCAGAAACACCUGGCGGCAGUGGUGGAGGGGAGGGGACAUCGGCUGAGACGAUAACGGCUAGCAAAAGACGUCGGAAGAGCGUUAUUUGCUUUUGGUUAUUUAAAGGUUCAAGCUCCAAGCCCGUGGUGCUGAUGCUCAAUGACGAGUACGGGACCAGUAAGGGCGGUAUCUCCACCAUCCACCGCGGGAUGGCGUGCCUACUGGUUUCCAAGGGAGCAAGGGUCUACAGCACAGUCCUGGAAGCCACAGAAGCGGACAUCAGAGAUGCUGAGGCUGAUGGGGUGGUGCUGAUCUUCCCAAAGACCUUCAAGGGUGAUCUGAGAGAGCCGGAUCUCAAGUGGCUGAUCUUUGACCACCAGAGUCGUUAUCCUGACCUCCCCUCAGACGUAGACUUCAUCCUCGGCCAUGUCAACAUCACAAGCCGCGCGGCAAGGCAGAUCAAGGAACAGCGCUUUCCUAACGCCAAAGUCGUGCAGGUCACUCACGUGAUUCCAGAAGAUGUCGGCUACUACAAGAGUGACGCCAAGGUGAUGACCAUGGGAGAAGAGAGUGACAGCAUUCUGGAAGAUCUGCUGCAUGCUGAUGUGAUAGUCUCCGUGGGCCCGUUGAUGUACGACUACUACAAGAGUCAGACAAGGCAGGUCAAACCUCAUCUCGAGUUUUUGCCCAAGCCAUCCGACAUCUUCAGCUCGACGAAAGUGACCUACGUCGACACACAAACGAAAGUGGUGCUGUCCAUUGGCCGGGUUAAGGGCGUGGAGAGGCUGGAAGGCUACGAUCUCGCCGCAAAUUCCAUGGGCAAGGUGCUCGACCUCUUACCGCACGCAAGAUGGCGAGCCCGUGGUGUCAGUGAAGAAGAUUUCCCAGAAAGCAAGGCAAUCAUCCAAGCCAACAUGAAGAAUGGCAAAUUCGAGUUCACUCCCCUGAAGUAUGGCACCCAGGAAGACCUGAGCAGAGACAUGCAGCAGGCCCAUGUCGUUCUGAUGCCGUCUCGUGCAGAGCCAUUCGGACUGGUUGGUCUGGAGGCUAUCGCUGCAGGGGUGCCCGUCCUGGUCUCCCACAAGUCCGGCCUUGCCUGGUUCCUAAGGAGCCAACAUCCUGAGUUUGAUCGUCCAAUCGUAGAGAUCGAAGAUGACGAUGAAGAAGCCGCCAAAACGCUGGCCAAGCGGAUCAUCAAGAUCCUGACGGAUGGGAACAGGGAGUUCCAAGCCGCGAGAGAGCUGAAGAAGAAGCUGUUGGAAUCCAAGUACUGGGAGGAGUCGCACAGGGUGUUCCUGGAGGCAUUUGGGCUUUAAAUCACUAGAUCUUUUCCUGGAAUACUCUGGAAUGUCAAUCAUCGUUAUGACGCGUCGACGUCACUGUAUACGUGUUGCGCUUGCAUCUUAUUGCUUACUUUUUAGGAAGUAUUGAACGAAGUGAGGAAUUAUAGUAGGUGGGCCAGGUGGAUGUUUCAAAUUCAAACUCAAUAUUUUCCUUGAAAUUAGAUAAAUUGAAAGUAGCAUAGAUGUUGCGUUUGUGCAGGUUUUAGUGGUGAGGAAACAAGACCUGUUUAAUUGUGCCAGAACUUCAUUAGAAUGAGUAUAAAAUGGAGUAGGUGGUUUGGGCAGAUAGCCAUGAAUGUGAUCUUUACUGAAACAAGUGAAGGAAAAAAUAGAGCUUUUACAUGUAUGCUUUGUGUGUGAGAAGAAAGCCCAAACCUUUUUAGAAUUAGUGGAUGUAAGACUGGGGAUAGAACAUUCAGUUUGUUCUUACAGGAAUAAUAAAUCAUUGCAAGAUGUGAAACUACCAUGGCAGCUGUGAUUGCAACAGUGGACUACAAGAUUAUCAUGACGGUGCUGACCUGAUGGAAACUUGAGUUCUCUGAGUGCCUUAGAGUUAGAUGGUAACAAUAAUAACAAUGGAGUACAAUAGGAAUGGGGGCUUUUUUGUACAUUCAGUAGCACUUUUGAAACCACAUUUGAUUGAAGAAUAAAAAGUUACAUUCUGGAACUUCUACAAUGUAGUUGUCUGGUUAAGACUGCUUCAUGUGUGAAGAAAAGCGUGGUCACAUUGAGAAGUCAAUACCUUUUGUUGUAGAAAUUGAAGUGUAUAAUAAUACACAUUAUACAGUGGAUCAUCAAAACAAUUUUCAAAUCAUAAAGAUAUUUAAGAUUAUGAAAAUUAUGGUCCCUGCUUUGUCUUAACAUAUAGUAUUUUAAGUCUGCUGGUCGGUGACAGGAAGAAAUCCACAUCUUGUACCUGAUUUGUCUGUUUUCAAACAGGUUUGUACUGUGACAAAC